UUGCGAGGAGGAGCGCGCGGGCUGCGGGCGGCUGGGGCAGCCCCGGAGCGGCGGCGGCUCUCGCAGAGGCGGCCUGACAGCGGAAGGUUCUCUCUCCGGGGCUGGACUCAAUAACUUUGGAACUGUCCACCGGUGUUACGUCCUGAACAUGAGCCUCCUCCUCUCCUUCUACCUGCUCGGGUUGCUUGUCAGUAGCGGGCAAGCUCUUCUUCAAGUGACAAUUUCACUUAGCAAAGUAGAGCUUAGUGUGGGUGAAUCUAAAUUCUUCACAUGUACAGCAAUUGGUGAACCUGAGAGUAUAGAUUGGUAUAAUCCUCAAGGGGAGAAGAUAAUUUCAACACAGAGGGUAUCAGUGCAAAAGGAAGGUAUUAGAUCAAGAUUAACCAUCUACAACGCAAAUAUAGAAGAUGCAGGGAUAUAUCGUUGCCAAGCAACAGAUGCCAAAGGACAGACACAAGAAGCUACAGUCGUUUUGGAAAUUUACCAAAAACUCACUUUCAGAGAAGUGGUAUCUCCUCAAGAGUUCAAACAAGGGGAGAAUGCAGAAGUGGUUUGCCGAGUCAGCAGCUCACCCGCACCUGUCGUCAGCUGGUUGUAUCAUAAUGAGGAAGUCACCGCUAUAUCCGACAAUCGGUUCGCUAUGUUAGCCAACAAUAAUCUGCAGAUUCUCAACAUCAAUAAAAGUGAUGAAGGUAUAUACAGGUGUGAAGGAAGAGUGGAGGCUAGGGGAGAAAUUGACUUCCGUGAUAUCAUUGUUAUUGUUAAUGUGCCACCAGUGAUCACAAUGCCUCAGAAAUCUUUUAAUGCCACAGCGGAGAGAGGAGAAGAGAUGACAUUUUCCUGCAGGGCCUCAGGCUCUCCUGAGCCCACCAUCUCCUGGUACAGGAAUGGCAAGUUCAUUGAAGAAAAUGAAAAGUACUCAUUGAAAGGAAGCAAUACAGAACUCACUGUCAGGAACAUAAUCAAUAGUGAUGGGGGCCCUUAUAUCUGCAAGGCCACAAAUAAGGCAGGAGAAGAUGAAAAGCAGGUGCUUCUCCAAGUCUUUGUACAGCCUCACAUAAUACAGCUUAAAAAUGAGACUACAUAUGAGAAUGGUCAAGUCACACUCAUAUGUGAAGCAGAAGGGGAGCCUAUUCCAGCAAUCACCUGGAAAAGAGCAGUGGAUGGCAUCACUUUUUCUGAAGGUGAUAAGAGCCCAGACGGACGUAUCGAAGUCAAAGGGCAGCAUGGAAGUUCAUCACUGCACAUUAAAGAUGUGGACUUGUCAGAUUCAGGGAGAUACGACUGUGAAGCGGCAAGUAGAAUUGGAGGGCACCAAAAGAGCAUGUACCUUGAUAUUGAAUAUGCUCCCAAGUUCAUAUCAAAUCAAACAAUUUAUUACUCUUGGGAAGGAAACCCAAUAAAUAUAAGCUGUGAUGUGAAAUCGAAUCCACCAGCAUCAGUCCAUUGGAGAAGAGAGAAAUUAGUCUUGCCAGCUAAAAACACCACUAAUUUAAAGACAUAUAGUACAGGGAGAAAAAUAAUAUUAGAGAUCGCACCUACAUCCGAUAAUGACUUUGGACGAUAUAAUUGCACAGCUACUAAUCGUAUAGGAACAAGAUUUCAAGAGUAUAUUCUUGCUUUGGCUGAUGUUCCAUCAAGUCCCUAUGGAGUGAAGAUUAUAGAGCUGUCACAGACCACAGCCAAGGUUUCUUUCAGCAAGCCGGACUCCCAUGGAGGUGUGCCUAUUAAUCACUAUCAAGUGGAUGUCAAAGAAGUGGCAUCAGAAACCUGGAAAAUAGUACGCUCCCAUGGAGUUCAAACAAUGGUUGUUUUAAGCAACCUGGAACCAAAUACAACUUAUGAAAUCAGGGUUGCAGCUGUAAAUGGAAAAGGACAAGGAGACUAUAGUAAAAUAGAAAUUUUCCAAACGUUACCAGUCCGUGAACCGAGUCCUCCGUCCAUACAUGGACAGCCAAGCAGUGGGAAGAGCUUUAAGCUGAGUAUCACCAAACAGGAUGAUGGUGGAGCCCCUAUUUUAGAAUACAUUGUGAAAUAUAGAAGUAAAGAUAAAGAAGACCAGUGGUUAGAGAAAAAAGUGCAGGGAAAUAAAGACCACAUUAUUUUGGAGCAUCUACAGUGGACAAUGGGAUAUGAAGUUCAAAUUACAGCUGCCAAUAGAUUGGGAUAUUCAGAACCAACAGUCUAUGAAUUCAGCAUGCCGCCCAAGCCAAACAUUAUUAAAGAUAAAUGCUGUGAAGCGAAUAAAGGCGAAAAUGGAAGCCAGUCACGGCAGCUGAGUGCUGCUGCGUUUUCUUUCAUUAUAGUCAUAAGUUUGUCUUGCAUGUUUUAAUGUUGUUGCUAUAUCAUAUAUUUCCUUUUUUGCCCUGAAAACUUAACAAGGCUAAUCUAAAACUGCAAUAAAAUAUUUUCUAAAGUCCAACUAAACAUGCACGUGUCCUCACCCACGAAUAGUGAGCCUUUUUUCCCUACCCCAAAUUGUUGACCUUUAAAGUAGAUAAUUUGUCAGGAAAUCACAAAAGGACAUUAAACCAAGAUUGUUUCUUCCAAGUACUAGUUCACAGAGUAACUUGUUUCAUUCUCAACUUUAAUUUCUAAAGUUGGCCUUGUUAAAUAUCAUGUCACUUUCAUUUGAACUUAAAAAUGAAAGUGCUAGUCACUCAGCUGUGUCUGACUCUUUGUGACCCCAUGAUCUGUAUAGUCCACCAGACUCCUUCCUAUGUCCAUGAAAUUUUCCAGGCAAAAAUACUGGAGUGGGUAGCUAUUCCCUUCUCUAAGAGGUCUUUCCGACCCAGGGAUCGAAUCCUGGUCUUCUGCUUUGCCGGGGGACUCUUUACCAUCUGUCUGAGCCACCACAGAAGUCCAUUUGGAACUUAAGCAUUUGCUAUAUCUAAUCUUCUUUCAUUUGAUUAUUUUACAAAUAUAACUCAAUAUCCAUGGCCAAAUACUGUAUGAAUAGAAAUUUUGUGAUGUAGAAUUGUGGCUCUUUCAUACUGAUUUGAUGGUUAUUCCUUUAAAUGUAGGUUUAGAACUUUAUAAACAUAAUAUUUCAUAGUGUUUUCCAUUUAUAUAAAACAUAAACCUGAUAGCUUUUAGUACAUUAAAUGUGUAUAUCCUAUGUGCUGCCUGAUUUUCCUCUUAUUCACAUAAAAUAUCAUAAGGAAUUAAAGUGAACCAGACUCAUUUCUUCAAUUUGAAUACCAAAAAUCUAGACUUUUAGUUUUCAAUAAAUAAAACUACCUUUCUGCAUUUGUCCCAAAGUAAAUAGUAAGUUAAAGUUGAUUCUAUUUUAAAAGUUGCACCCUGUGUACUAGGUUUGAAUUGUGUUUUGAGGUAACAUCAGGUAUUCAUGUUCUAACAUAAAAUCUUACUACUUUUUCCUGGAAACCUGAGUCAGUUUCUCUGUAAGAUCAGAGAGAAGUAAAUGUUUUAGCCACUACUUUCCAGAAGAUGAAAUUGAUAUGAGGACGUGUUACUAGAUUCCAGCACUCAGAGGAGGCUGGAUUUGAUGGAGUAGCAUGAAUAAUGAUUUUUAUUUUCACAUUUCAUUCAUUACCAAAUGAGAAAAAAGUAUUUUGUGUUUUUCAUUCCCAGCUACACUCUAGCAAGUAAUUCUUACUAUGUAUUCAAGACAAUUAGGAGGACAAAUUUACAUAUAUUAACAAGAAUGUCAGUGGCUCACAUGGUAAAUCAAAUGAUUGAUUUCUGGGCUUUGAGACUCAUUCAUCAAAAACAAUUUGUUUUGUUGUAUUUAUUGUUUUUUAUGUCUUCAAUGAAAUACCCAUAGGAUCCUAUUAUGUAGGAUGUAAAGGUGGACCAACCUUUGGUAGUCUGUUCUGUAAUUUACCUUUCCAAACUCUCUGCUGUCCACUGCUAUACUUUUUUCUUCUGAGCUAACAGCAAACCUAAAGAAUGCAGAAGUGACUCAUUUACAGAUUAAACACACUUCUUUUUCCCCUGCUGAGACAAAGUGAUUUCCUCCUACCAAUUCAUGCAGUGUGGGGAUUUAACCUAUUUGUUGGAAAUGUUCUAGUUUUAAAAUGAAAUUAACCAGUGAUUCUGUGUAUUGAAAAACUAAUUAUAAUUUCAUACUACACUCCAUGAUAGCAUCUUACAUCCCAUGGAUUUGGAUAAGACUUAUAGAUAUGUUGACUAAUGAUAUGUAACAAGUGCUAGGAAAAAAGGAGUUCCAGUAACACUUGCGUGAACAAACUUUUCCAUUUGUUAUAACCUGACUGGAUCUUGCCAAUAUUAUAAAUAUUUCCAUAAGAAAGUCAUAGAAAUUAUCUUGAUAUAGAAAAUGAUUACAAAAUACUUUUGUGGAGAACAUGUAAUAUGUCUUUAAUAGGAUAACAGAGUUGAUUUUUUUUAAUUUUAUAAUCUAUAAUUCAAAGUCACCAACAGUGAUAUGAAGAACACUCAGUCUAGCUUACCUGAUACUUAGACUGAUAUUUGGACAGGUCAGAAAAGAACCUAAAAUUAAAAUUCUAGUAUCUUAGCAGAAUUACUUAUACUUAAUGAGUUGUUCAUUUAUGUGUUUUAAACAUCUAAGUCCAAGUCAAGAUAUUAAUCCUAAAAUUAAUAAGCUAUUUAUUAUUUGGCCAAGUAUCUAUUCUUAUAUGAACAGUUAUUUUACAGUUCUAAGAUGUGCAUAAGUUAAAAAAUAUUCUCAAGACAUCUUAAAAUAUAAAUCCUGUGCUUUGCCUUAUGUCUAUAAGAAAUAGGAGAGCACAAAACUAUAAGCAAUGCAGCUGUUGCCUUUCAAAAAGUAAAACAUUAGAGAGCAUAAAUUACCUUGUCAGAUUGUUAUUUUAUAUUGUAAUAAAUGUAAAUGUUGCUGAAUUAUAUUUUUUAUUACUUGGGUUUUUCUUUUGUUAUGUACAACCACCAAGUCUAACUGACAGUAUGUUUUGUCUAAUUGAAAUCUGCUAUAGAUCUAAGGAAAUGUGAUUAUUGGUAAGCAAGACAUAAAAAUUCUCCUAGCACCAUCCAAUAUUCUUUUUUUAAUCCAGUGGAUUUUUAAAUAAAAUUCUGUGCCUAAAUGUAUAAAUAGGAACUUGUGUGUAAGGUGAGUUUUAUGUUAUUCAUUAUAUAUAACAUUAUGUACCUAUGUUCAUUGUUGUACAUAUUGUAUGAUCAAAUGUUAGAGCAUUUUAACAGUUUGCUUAGACCAUAUUUUACCAGUUAUAAAGUUAGGUUGAUUUGCUUAUGCAUAGUUGCCAUUAUUUGCACGUGGAGCAUCCUGAUUAAUUUUUUAUAUAAACUUGAAAUCAUUUUUCUUCUUCCAACCCUUUCCAAGUUUAUCUUCUUUUAUCCAUUUAUCAUUUAUCCCUACUGGUCUCUCGACCCUAGUUCUAGCUCUAAUUAUUUAUCAGAUAGCUCUAGGGCUCAUCAAACUACAUUUCAGAUAUGUUAACAGAUUAUGCCUAGGAGGCAGCAAUAAAACCUUCUUUCCUAUGAAAAAUAUUGUCUUACAUGGGAGAACCUUAAGUUAAUUUUGAUUUUUGGCUUUUCUGUUCUAAUACUAUUAUUCAUUGGUAUAAACCCUAUACCCAUAUUUCUUUCCAAACUAUUAUACAAACUCUUAAAACUCUUAAUGACUUCAUUUUUCUUAAAAUUUUUUAUUAGCUUAAAGUAUCUCAAGUGUUUAACAAUGUUAAAUAAAUAAAUAAAUUUUAGAGAUUGGAUUAACGUAUUAUAUAUAUGUCAAUUAGUAAGAAUAAUUGCACAAAUUGCACAUAAUUUUGACUCUUUGGGUGUUUAGCAUUUCUUUUAAAAUUAAUUAGUAAAAUUACAAGUAUGCAUAGUAGUUCAUAGGUUAUACAAUUUGGAGAUGAUUAUACAACUCAUAUUUUCUAUUUGAUAAUUCCCAUUAAUUAUAUUUAAUUUAA